AUGAAGGUUCCAUACAACUUCGUUCAGCCUUCUGGCAACGUUGUGUUUGCUGCCAGGGGUGGAAAGAUUCACUCGUUCAGUCUCCAGGACGGCUCUCACCUGUUCACAUGGAAGCACCCUGAUGUCGAGAAAGUCACCGCUGCAUCUGCGGCAGCUACUUCUGCCAAAGCUGAUACUGAAGUGGGCUCAAAUGUUCCUACUCCCUCAUCUCCUGCCAAUGAUGAGGAUGGGCCGCCUGCCAAGCGUCAGAGACUUGAAAAGGAGGAUGAGCACCCGAAGGACAGCGAUGCUAUGGCCAUCGAUGAAGAUCAGAAGGAGGGCUUUCAACAGCAAGAAAACGAUAAGAAAGUAAAGAAGGAUAGGAGAAAGGGCAACAAGGGGCAGGGACAGCAGCUCAACAAUCGUGGUAAUGUGUUUGCGAGGGUCCCCGACUACCCCGUCAUCACUCUUAUGACUACCACCAGCAAUGGUAGCCACCUGCUGGCCAUCUCAGGCCACGAUAAGUCUCUUUGGGUGUUCGAGCAUGACGGCAAGGGUAAUUUGAAAGAGCUGAGUCAUAGACAAAUGCCUAAACGCCCAUGCUCUGUCAUAAUCUGCCCGGACAACGAGACUGUUUUAAGCGCUGAUAAGUUUGGCGACGUCUUCUCACUGCCUCUCAUCCCGUCUGAGAAGCCCGCAUUUCCCCGUGAGUCCCCAACACCAGCAACUACGGCAUCAGAGUCAACCUCCAAUGCAGUCACCCCUAAACCUUUCCAACCGGAAGCCAGCAACUUCACUGUGCAUUCCAAGGCGAACCUCCGGGCUCUCAAGAACCAGCAGCGUGAGAUGAACAAGACGAAGCGUGAUACUCCAAAGGAGGAGCCGACAUUCGAGCACACGCUUCUCAUCGGACACGUCUCCAUGCUCACAGCUCUGACGCUCGCUGAGAAGGGUUCUCGCCGGUACAUCAUUACCGCAGAUCGUGACGAGCACAUUCGUAUUUCGCGCUAUAUGCCUCACGCACACAUCAUUGAAGGCUUCUGUCUCGGCCACAAAAAUUUCGUCAGCGCCCUCACCCUGCCGAAUCAGGAUGUUCUUGUCUCCGGCGGAGGGGAUAGCGAGCUGUUUGUCUGGGACUGGGAGGCCGGCCGGGUCUUGUCCAAGUUUGACAUCUUGGAGCAGGUUCAGCAGAUCGAGAAGGAAGCAACCAAGGUUGCUGUAUCUCAGCUCCUGUCGGCUACUGUUCUUGCCAACGGCCUGCCAGUCCCUAUCGUAUUGGUGGUCUGCGAAGGUGUCCCUGCCAUCUUUGUGCUCCGAGUCUCAGAGCAAAACACUCUGUCUCACGUGCAAAUCGUUUCAUUGCCGGGCAACCCCCUUCAUGUGGCGCCCAUCUCAAACAACGGUUCUUUGACUACCAUCCUAGUGGCAGUUGACCCAGUGGACGCCAGCAAUGGACCUAACGGCAUCUUAUCAUACAAAUGGACUGGCGCCGCUUUCUCAACAACACAGGAUUUCUCUCCCGUGGACGCGAGCCUAAGCGAGGACGAAUUCGACUUAACCGCUGAGCAAGUAAAGAAGCUGCUCUACAACAUUGGAGACCUGCGGAAGAAAGGUGAUGACGAGCAAGCUGAAGAGGGAGAUGAGACAGAGCAAGUAGGACAAGCACAGGAAGAGGCGACAUAG